UUGCGAGCGGUUUCCGAAUCGCGCUCCCAGUUCGCUUGAUCGCGCCGCUGAUCGAAUUCGAUAGUUGAGUGUUGCUUUGGGAAAUUAAUCUGGAACUCGAUUGAGAUCGCGCCGAAUUCAACUGCACCACGGGUAUCUGUAAAAAGCAAAUCUAAACCCUUUGUUGCAUCUUUGAUCUGGAUUUUAUGUACCACGAUCGCCAGUCUGCCUGUGAUCGAUCAGAUAAGCGCCGUCCGGUACGAGCAGUCGCUUAACGAUCUUUAUCGCGCAUCUCUCGCGGAAAAUAACUGAAAAACUACUGCAUCUGCCGGUAAUUAGGGAACUAAUGAGUAGUAAUCGCGCGAUUCAGUGAAACAAGUGCGAUACCGCCCUCUACAGCUGGCUGAGCUCGGUGUUCGGUUUGCCGCGCUAAUUAACAGACUGGAUGUGAUUAUUUGUUAAAAGAGUGCAAGCAAGUUUGUUGUCCGCUGGUCACGCAGAAUUUAAUUAAAUCCGCGCCCACUUUAUAGCACGGUCGUUCCAAGUGAGUGCGUAUAACGUGCAAUAUUGUUCGGAGGAGCAGCAGACGUUCCUGGGGGUCACGCAACGCAACGAAGGCGACACCAUGGAUAUGUCCGGCACAAAUUCGUUGAAUAUGCGACCACUUUUUGGAGGAUACCCUUUUCAAGGACAAGGUCGUGUGAAUCAACUUGGCGGUGUAUUUAUAAAUGGUCGUCCAUUACCUAAUCAUAUACGCCUGAAAAUAGUAGAAAUGGCAGGUGCAGGAAUACGACCUUGCGUUAUCAGUCGACAGUUACGUGUGUCACAUGGAUGUGUAUCGAAAAUUUUAAAUAGAUAUCAGGAGACGGGUUCAAUACGACCUGGAGUAAUUGGUGGCUCAAAACCCAAAGUUGCGACACCAGAAAUAGAACAACGAAUUGAGGAGCUGAAAAAACAAAAUCCAGGAAUUUUCAGUUGGGAGAUACGAGAAAAACUAAUUAAGGAGGGCAUACCUGAUCCACCAUCCACGUCGUCCAUCAGCCGGUUGCUGCGGGGCUCGGAACGUCGCGAUGAUGAUGGUCGAAAGGAUUAUAGUAUUCACGGAAUCUUAGGUGCACGUAGUUCAGAUUCGAGUGAUACCGAGUCCGAGCCAGGAAUUCAAUUGAAACGAAAACAGCGACGAUCCCGUACAACAUUCACUGCAGAACAGCUAGAAGCACUGGAACGUGCUUUUGCCCGAACGCAGUACCCAGAUGUUUAUACUCGCGAAGAAUUAGCACAAUCAACAGGACUAACCGAAGCAAGGAUACAAGUUUGGUUUAGUAAUAGAAGGGCGCGGUUACGGAAACAUACAGGAGCCGGUAUGUCUUCAAUGGGCCCGCCUCUAUCGUCGUUAAGUGGAUUGCCUAUUUCAUCGAUGACGCAGUAUUCUCCUACAGCUCCGAGUUCGGACCCGCAUCAUCAAAUGGCUGGGUACGAUCUGGUUGCCGCCCAGUCGCAGCAUGGUUUCACGGCAGGAAGUUUUCAACAUCCUCACUUUGGUGGGCAGAAUUACUAUCAUCAAGAUUAUUCGAAGCUCUCAGUGGAGGAUUUCUCGAAGUUAGCUGCGGACAAUGCCAGCAAAAUGACACCAUCACUCCCAACCGAUUCCUAUGCAAAGGGUAUAGCAGAGGUGAAUUGGAGCCAAUCCUAUGGGACACAUCCUGGACAAACAUAUACUCAUCCUGCUAGCAAUGAUUAUGCAGCCGCUGCCCACUUGCACCAAGCGAACACUGCGGCUGCCAUCUAUUCAAAUCCUGUAGCCAGUCAGGCGAAGUAUUGGUCGUGAAAUAGAUUGAAUUGAAAUUGUAGAA